AUGCUAUCCUGUGGGAGACGUUCUUUGCUUAGUGACGGCAUUAACACAAUUCUCUCCGCUUUCGAAACAAAGAUAAAUGUCGUUCUGGAUCAACACAUUCGUUUCACAGGAAAACGAGUCAAACAAGAAAACCAGACUCCCUGGAUGAAAACAAACAUAAUACUGAACAGCCAUCAAAUCAAAGAACGUUCGGACAAACUUAUAACGACUGUUCGUUUCAUCCUAAAUUCACUUAUAACGACUGUUCGUUUCCUUCUAAAUUCAUCGAAAACACGUUUUAGGCUGUACCCAGAGUACUUUUAGAUAUCUACAAAUGCAUUCUAAGAGGCGCUAUAAAAUUUGUAUCUGUUCGGUCAUCCUGGGGCAACCUGAGUCUUAACCCUUUAAGUCCCAAUAGUGACUAAUGUCAAUUUUCUCCUAACGAUAUCAAUACAAUGUCAAGCAAUUAGAUUAUGAGAAUUAAUAAAAUGAUCACCUUAGGCAAAAUGCUUUGAUCUUUUAUCAAAUUCUCUCAACUCAUUCAUGAAGGAAAUGUAUGGAGAUCAGUUUGGAGAAUUUGUAUGUGGAUAUUGGGGCUUUAAGGGUUAAUUACAAAUGCUUCAUAAUAUUAUUCUUCCGAAAAUUUUAGAUCAAAGUUUUACGAAAUUAAGAAUUUUGUUGAUUCCUCUCUCCAUCGCAUUUUCGAAUCCGAAAAUUUUAGGUUUUCUUUUUCUAAGAAAAAUAGCCUAACCUGGAGAAUGAAUUGCGAAAAAUGAAACUUUAGAAAAUCAUUACAUGAAUGGAACGGUCAUCUAGAAAAUUUUAGUCGUGCUCAAGUACUAGAAAAUCCAAGGCAAUAUUUGCUUCUCCGAACAGAGUUUUGUAGAAUAAGUCGUUGGGUGCCCCUGCUAAAAUUGCCAGGAAGUCUAAUCUUCAAAAAGAAGCUACUUUUCUCAAACUCAUUAAUAAUUCACGACGUUAUAAGCCAACCAGAGCGCUCCAUUCGGGUCAGGUGGAUGACUUUGAAACUCAAUGACACACCAGUUGAAAAUCACCAGUGUUUCUUCACGUUUUCAUCACUAAAUUGUUCUUAAUCUGCAUAAUCAUAGAUUACUCCAACCUCUUUCCCAGGGUUCUCUCCUACCCGCCCUACGGCCCUGGGAACGAGGUUGAGAUUACUCAAACACAGCUUAACAUAAAUCAUUAAUUUUUAAUAAACAAUGGCCAGGAAAGACAUUUCAAAUUACAAACUGACUUGCCUGCGUGCAAACUGACUGGCUCUUUUUCUUUUUGUUUCGCUUUCAAACCAACGCCAACUCGAGUCCCAUCCUUCAUUUCUGCGUCCAAUAUUCGUUUAAAGAUAGCAAAUCUAAUGAGGAAAAGAGAAAAGUUCGAUGCAAUUUCCUUAAGUUUUAAAACUUCAAACGGCUCCCCUCUCCAAUAAGGCCAGUUCACGCACCUUUUGUCGGAAGAGUCAGAAAAGAGAUUAAACUCGAGGGCUGGGUUCUUUUCCACGAAAAAUCGGCGAAUACUGCAGACAAUCUGGUACAACGUUUUCGGAGGGUAUGGAUCUUUGGAACACUUUGCCACCUCUUGAACAAAUUUGGAUAACCAAUAGUUGAGCGUCAAUGUGUCCAUCUCUGUUAUGGGCCGAGUAAGCGGCUGAACUUUGUCCAAUCCAUACUCUUUAAAAACUCCACCAACUUCAACUAUUGGGAACUUUACAUUUCGCACUCGUUGCCCAUCCUCAAAAAUGCCUACUGCCCCGCACUUAUUUUUAUAUCUGGUAGAAUUCGGUACUGCGCUCUCUAGGCAAAGUUCUUCUUCCGCGAUUGUUUUCGGGAAGCGAAACCUUCCUUCGGCCAUGACGAAAACAAUAUGUAAAUCACUUCAAGUCAGCUGUCAAGUUCAUAACGCUUUUGGAUACAAAUUUGGCGGUGCGACGCGAAACCCAGUAUUGGAUAAUUUUUAAAAACAAAAGCUCACAAAUACAAUGAAUGCCGACUGAAUACAACAAAUCACACAUACAAGGCAUUUUAAAGAAAAAUGGAAAAAAGACAACACUGCAUAAUUUUGUAUUGUUUCUUUGGAGAAGUCAUUUCAAAAACUCGUGCUUCGGGUUUCAUAAGGUUUCCAAACGCUCGAAAACAAUAAAACCACUCGGCCGCAAAUGUUUUCUCGCGUUUGGAAACCUGAAGCCCUGGCACUCGUUUCUGAAAUAGCUGGAAAUAGUGCUUGUGAAUCAAUUGACAACAACAAGGGAAACCCGAAAGCAAGGAAGGUACAGUGAAGGUAUCUGGAGCCUCCUCUCAAAACAUUAAAAGGGACGCAAAAGCAGGCGAAUAAAAUGGCUGAACUGGAAACGGAAAAUGGAGUUAUCACCGAUCCUGUGCAAAUCGCUGAAACUCUCAACGACAUGUUUGCUAACGUUGCAUCUCGCCUGAACAUAAAUAACACUGAACUUGGUAGAUUUAGCUAG